AUGAUCCGAAGCAUUGUUCGACUUGGCUUAAUGCCUCAGGUCAAAAACAUCCAGACUAACCUCUUCAUCAACAACAAAUUCGUACCAGCCGUUUCGAGCAAGACAUUCGAGACCCUUAACCCCGCCACCGAGGAGGUCAUCGCGCGUGUCGCAGAGGCUGGCGAUGAGGAUCUGGAGUUGGCUGUAAAGGCAGCCCGUGAGGCCUUCAACACGUAUCGUACCACGGAAGGCUCCACGCGGCGCCAAUUGUUACUAACCCUGGCAGACCUCCUGCACGCCGAGCGAGAGGAGAUGGCGGCUCUUGAGUGCAUGGAUAACGGCAAGCCGUUUCAAGACGCACUGGGCGAUGUUGGUCUCUUUGUAGAGUGUCUCCGCUACUACGCGGGCUUCGCGGACAAAUUGUAUGGCAGUUUAUCGCCUGUCAGUGGCAACAACAUAGCCAUACUACGGCGUCAGCCGAUAGGUGUGUGCGGACUAAUCGUGCCCUGGAAUUUCCCAUUGGUGAUGGUAGCGUGGAAGCUCCCCCCUGCGUUGGCUGCAGGCAACACCGUCAUCCUGAAGCCUGCCGAGCAGACACCGCUCACCACUCUCCGUCUGGGUGAACUUUGCAUCAAAGCCGGCUUUCCCCCGGGUGUGGUGAACAUUUUGACGGGCUUCGGCCCCACUACUGGGGCUGGGAUCGUCCUGCACAAGGAUAUCGACAAGAUUGCCUUCACGGGCUCGUGGGAGGUUGGGAAGGAGAUAGUGCGGAUGUCUUCUGUGAACAACCUCAAGAAGGUUUCCUUGGAGCUCGGCGGCAAGUCGCCGCUCAUCGUGUGCGAGGACGCUGACAUGGAUAAGGCUAUUUCCUUGGCGAGCAUUGGGACUUUCAUGAACUCUGGACAGGUCUGCACUGCGUCUUCUCGCAUCUAUGUUCACGAGAGCAUCUACGACACCUUUGUCAAGCGACUGAAGCUUGCUGCGGAGCAGUGCCGUGUGGGCCCCGGCAGCGAUCCGGACGUCACGAUGGGCCCUCUGAUCUCGCAGACUCAACUGGAGCGUGUGCUGGGGUACAUUGAGAAGGGCAAGGCAGAGGGCGCGACGCUGCUGACGGGUGGUACUCGCAUCGGCAACAAGGGCUACUUCGUGAAGCCCACAAUCUUCACGAAUGUCAAGGACGACAUGGUGAUAUGUAAGGAGGAGAUCUUCGGCCCGGUGACGUGUGUGAUGAAGUUCAAGGACAUGGAAGAGGUCAUCCAGCGCGCCAACGCCUCAAGCUACGGCCUCGCGGCUGGUCUGUGCACCGAAAACGUGGAUACGGCCCUGCGAUACUCCACUUUCCUCGAUGCAGGAAGUGUGUGGGUAAAUACGUGGAACAGCUAUGAUGCGGCUCAGCCCUUUGGUGGGUUUAAGCAAAGUGGGUAUGGCCGUGAUGGCGGUGCGGAGGCACUUGAGGAGUAUACACAGGUCAAGUCAGUGAAAAUAUCCCUGAAUGGCCCCAUUGUGAGGAAUUAA